AUGAGAAUACCUUUUCAUGGUGAGAUGAACAGAACAGAAGAGGAUGAGACUGCACAAUUUUGUGUCUUCCCUUUGACAACCCAUCCCUUUUCCUCUCUCUCAUUCUUUCCUCAGGGACAUAUCAUAUGUAAAGAGAGAGGCAUCCGGGUGGGGGGAGUAAUUUUCGUUUGCCGGCGGUUGGUUUGUUUUUGAGGAUUCAAAUCUCGGCCGGGAAGUCAUCUGCAAUGGCGACUUCUCCGUCCGGGACACCAUCCGCUCCUAACGAACCGCCGCCAGAUAAUUCAUCAUCUUCUUCUUCUUCUCCCCCUGAUUCGUCUCCACCAUCUCCGCCGGCUUCAUCAUCAUCACCGCCCGCGUCGUCUCCGCCUCCAUCGCCGCCGCCAUCUUCUCCUCCGCCGACUCCUUCCUCCCCGCCACCCGCGACGCCUUCGUCCCCUGCUCCUCCUCGUUCCGAAUCCACCCCGUCGAAAUCAUCGCCUCUUCCGUCACCAUCUCCGCCGCAGUCCCCCGCCCCAACCAGGACGCCCGACGCCGAACCGGUUCAAUCAACACCUUUUCCGCCGUCACAAUCUGAAUCGAGGAACCCCUCCCCUGAUAAAACCGGAGAUAGCAAUACUCCAACCGUAUUCCUGCCUCCGCCGGCUGUACCUGCAGGAGGACCGCCUGCGCCGGGUGUGCCUGCAGGAGGAUCGCCGGCACCGGCUGCAAUACGAUCUACGCCUUCAUCAGCACCAUCACGACCUUCAUCGGAGUCUCCAAAAUCCGGCCACGCUCAUUCGUCUUCAGCGAAUACUAACGCAAUUAUCAUCGCCAGUGUUUUCGUCGCGGCAAUAUUGUUGCUAUCCGUCGUAGUUUUGUGCCUAAUGUGUACCAAGAAGAAGAAGAAACAGCGUUACUAUAUGGACGCCGCACGUCCACCUCCAACGAUGGGCAGAGAUAAACCGUACUUCAAUGGCUCCACGGAACGGCUUAACGACCCUGAAUUUCUCGAGAUUCCGCCGCAGCCGGCCGCCGGUAGCUGGGCUGCGGUGCCGCCACACUCACCAGGCAAUGUUAGUAGCGAACACAGCGCGGGUUUCUCCCCCCUACCUGCAUCGCCGCCAGGCAUGGGCGGUUUCAACCAGUCCCAAUUCUCAUACGAGGAGCUGGCGGCAGCCACCGCCGGGUUCUCUCAGGCGAAUCUGUUGGGGCAAGGCGGGUUCGGGUACGUGCACAAAGGCGUUUUGACCGCCGGGAAGGAGGUGGCGGUGAAGAGCUUGAAGACGGGGAGCGGCCAAGGGGAAAGAGAGUUCCAGGCGGAAGUGGAGAUCAUUAGCAGAGUUCACCAUCGCCAUCUUGUCUCCCUUGUUGGGUAUUGCAUUGGCCACGGCCAAAGAAUGUUGGUCUAUGAAUUUGUUCCCAACAAAACCUUGGAGUUCCACCUUCAUGGAAAGGGUCAGCCAGUUAUGGAUUGGGCAACCAGGCUUAAAAUUGCAGUGGGAUCAGCCAAGGGAUUAGCUUACCUCCAUGAAGACUGCCAUCCUCGGAUCAUCCACCGCGAUAUCAAGACUGCAAAUAUCUUGCUCGACGAGAAUUUUGAAGCCAUGGUUGCGGAUUUUGGAUUGGCUAAACUCUCUACUGACAAUAACACCCACAUCUCAACUCGUGUUAUGGGAACAUUCGGGUAUUUGGCUCCAGAAUAUGCAUCAAGCGGCAAGCUGACAGACAAAUCUGAUGUUUUCUCGUAUGGUGUCAUGCUUCUGGAACUUAUUACUGGGCGUAGACCUGUGGAUAUCAAUAACCAUGAGGAAGACAGCUUAGUAGACUGGGCUAGGCCACUUCUUGCCAAAGCUCUUGAAGAUGGCAACUAUGCUCCAUUGGCAGAUGCGCGUCUGGAAGGAAACUUCGACCACGAUGAUAUGUCUCGCAUGGCGGCUUGCGCUGCUGCCAGCAUUCGUCACUCUGCUAAAAGACGCCCAAAGAUGAGCCAGAUUAUGCACACAUUGGAAGGAAACUCUUCUCCGGACCACCUGAACGGCAAGGCCGUUCGGAAUGCGGGGGUGGGCGCAAACGACACUCAGUUAUACGACACUGUUGCAUACAAUGCAGAUAUGAUGAAGUUCAGGGAAAUGGUAUUGACAAGCCCAGAAUCCAACAGCAGUGAAUAUGGAGGUAACACGGGACUCGAUCCGACGUCGUCCUCCUCCUCAAACAUCGACUCCACGGAACACUAUCAAAUCCAUAACCACAAUAGAGUAUAACUUCUACUCUACUAAUCUUCAACCAAAUAUAUACUGUUCAAAACUGGUGUUAAGCUUACUUGGUACUACCAUAUACAUUAUAUAGGAAUGUACCAAAGUAUUAUUGGUAAGGAUUUCUAAUUGUAUAGUCAUUACAAUUAUGUAUUUGUACCGAGCAGAAAACGCACAUGUAUUGAUUGGUAUAGUGGACUUUCCAGCAUGUAUAACUAUACCAAAAAAUGUGGACGUUGCUUGUAUAUUUGGAGUUUGCUGGAGUUUCUUCCAACACGGAACAAUUGUCUUAUAAAUGAGGAGAUUAUA